AACCUGCUGCCCCUAAUGAGUUCUCUUCUUUUCUAGGUAUGGCCUCACAGCUGCAGGUGUUCUCCCCUCCGUCAGUAUCCUCGAGUGCCUUCUGCAGUGCCAAGAAACUGAAAGUGGAGCCGUCUGUCUGGGAUGUUUCAGGACAGAGCAGUAGUGACAAGUAUUAUACCCACAGCAAAAACCUCCCAGCAGCUCAAGGGCAAGCCAGCUCCUCUCAUCAGGUAGCCAAUUUCAGCAUCCCUGCCUACGACCAGAACCUCCUUCUCCCUGCUCCCUCCGUCGAGCACAUCGUGGUCACCGCGGCCGACAGCACCGGCAGCAGCGCCACAGCAUCCUUCCAGAGCAGCCAGACCCUCACGCACAGGAGCAACGUUUCUUUGCUGGAACCAUACCAAAAAUGUGGAUUAAAAAGGAAAAGUGAAGAGGUUGACAGCAACGGUAGUGUGCAGAUCAUUGAGGAACAUCCACCUCUCAUGCUGCAAAACAGACCUGCGGUGGGUGCUGCGGCCACGACCACUACGGUCACCACAAAAAGCAGCAGCUCCAGUGGGGAGGGGGAUUAUCAACUGGUCCAGCAUGAGAUCCUGUGCUCUAUGACCAACAGCUAUGAGGUCUUGGAAUUCCUGGGACGAGGGACGUUUGGGCAGGUGGCGAAAUGUUGGAAACGUAGCACGAAGGAGAUUGUAGCCAUCAAAAUCCUGAAGAACCACCCUUCCUAUGCCCGGCAGGGCCAGAUUGAGGUGAGCAUCCUGUCUCGCCUGAGCAGUGAGAAUGCUGAUGAGUACAACUUCGUCCGCUCCUACGAGUGCUUUCAACACAAGAAUCAUACAUGCCUUGUCUUUGAGAUGCUGGAACAGAACUUAUAUGAUUUCUUAAAGCAAAACAAGUUCAGUCCGUUGCCCUUGAAGUACAUCCGGCCCAUCCUGCAGCAAGUGGCUACUGCCUUGAUGAAGCUGAAGAGCUUGGGUCUGAUCCAUGCUGAUUUGAAGCCAGAGAACAUCAUGUUGGUGGAUCCUGCACGCCAGCCCUACAGAGUGAAGGUGAUAGACUUUGGGUCAGCCAGCCAUGUGUCCAAGGCCGUGUGCUCCACGUACCUGCAGUCACGGUAUUACAGGGCUCCUGAGAUCAUCCUGGGUUUGCCGUUCUGUGAAGCCAUUGACAUGUGGUCACUGGGCUGUGUCAUAGCUGAGCUGUUUCUGGGCUGGCCUCUGUAUCCAGGAGCAUCUGAGUAUGACCAGAUUCGUUAUAUUUCACAAACUCAAGGCCUUCCAGCAGAAUAUCUUCUCAGUGCAGGAACGAAAACAAGCAGGUUUUUUAACAGAGAUCCAAAUUUGGGAUACCCACUGUGGAGGCUCAAGACCCCAGAAGAACAUGAGUUGGAAACUGGAAUAAAAUCAAAAGAAGCUCGGAAAUAUAUAUUCAACUGUUUGGAUGAUAUGGCGCAGGUGAAUAUGUCUACAGACUUAGAAGGGACCGACAUGUUGGCAGAGAAGGCUGACCGAAGGGAAUACAUUGAUUUGUUGAAGAAAAUGUUGACAAUUGAUGCAGAUAAGAGAAUUACUCCACUGAAGACUUUGAACCAUUCGUUUGUUACAAUGGCACAUCUGCUGGACUUCCCCCACAGUAACCAUGUGAAAUCUUGCUUUCAGAACAUGGAAAUCUGCAAGAGAAGAGUGAACAUGUAUGAUACAGUGAAUCAGAUCAAGAGCCCUUUCACCACUCAUGUUGCUCCUAACACAAGCACAAACCUGACAAUGAGCUUUAACAACCAGCUCAACACAGUACACAACCAGGCCAGUGUGUUGGCUUCCAAUUCCACUGCUGCUGCUACUCUUUCCCUGGCCAACUCGGACGUCUCCCUGCUCAACUACCAGUCUGCCCUGUACCCAUCCUCUGCAGCCCCAGUGGCAGGAGUGGCUCAGCAGAGUGUUUCCUUGCAGCCUGGAACCACCCAGAUCUGCACACAGACAGACCCCUUCCAGCAAACAUUCAUUGUUUGUCCCCCUGCUUUUCAAACUGGACUUCAGGCAACUACAAAGCAUUCUGGGUUCCCAGUCAGGAUGGAAAAUGCUGUCCCAAUUGUGCCACAAGCACCUGCAGCACAGCCACUGCAGAUCCAGUCUGGAGUUCUCACACAGGGAAGCUGUACACCACUAAUGGUAGCAACUCUUCAUCCUCAAGUAGCCACCAUCACGCCGCAGUAUGCGGUGCCCUUUACCCUGAACUGCGCAGCCGGCCGGCCGGCGCUGGUCGAACAGACGGCUGCAGUACUGCAGGCCUGGCCGGGGGGAACCCAGCAGAUCCUGCUCCCUUCCACCUGGCAGCAGCUCCCAGGGGUUGCUUUGCACAACUCUGUCCAGCCAGCAGCCGUGAUCCCAGAGACCAUUGGCAGCAGCCAGCAGUUGGCUGACUGGAGGAAUGCACAUUCCCAUGGAAAUCAGUACAGCACUCUCAUGCAACAGCCAUCUCUGCUGACCAACCAUGUGACAUUGGCCACAGCACAGCCUCUGAAUGUUGGGGUUGCUCAUGUUGUGAGGCAGCAGCAGAGCAGCAAUGCGCCAGCAAAGAAGAACAAGCAGCCAACACCAAGCACAGCCAAGCCCAGCUCAUCUCUGGAGCCUGUGCCCACCCAAGUGUACUCUCUGAUUGGGAGCAGCCCCCUGCGCUCCACCUCCUCCUCCUCCAACGUGCUCGUCCCUGUGCAGGAGCAGCACCAGCCCAUCGUGAUCCCUGACACCCCCAGCCCCCCUGUCAGUGUCAUCACCAUCCGCAGCGACACUGAUGAGGAGGAGGACAGCAAAUACAAACCUGCCAGUUUGGGUAUGAAGCAGAGAUCCAACGUCAUCAGCUACGUCACUGUUAACGAUUCCCCUGACUCAGACUCAUCCCUGAGCAGCCCCUAUGCCCCAGACCCCCUGGCCUCGCUCAGGAGCACUGGGAGGGCCCUGGAGCUGCCCAGCAGAGCUGCUGCUGACAGCUCCAGCUCCCGCACCAUCAUUGUCCCACCCCUGAAAAUGCAGCUCAACGACUGCGUUGUAGCCACCCAGGCGUCAGGCAUCCUGAGCAGCACCAGUAAGACCAAGCCAGUGGCCUCAGUGAGCGGGCAGUCAUCAGGAUGCUGCAUCACACCCACGGGGUACCGCUCCCACCGUGUCGUCACCAAUGGCGUGCAGCCCCUCAACCUCAGUCAGAACCAGCAAACCACAGUGCUGGCCUCCCAGGAGAGAAGUGGCAAUGCUGUCCCACGCCGGCAGCAAGCUUUCGUGGCCCCCCUCACGUCAACGAUUUCUCAGGCUCCCUACACGUUCCAGCACAGCAGCCCAGUGCAUCCUCACCUGGCAGCAGCCACGGCCAGUGCCCACCUGUCCAGCCAGCCCCACAUGUACACUUAUGCCCCCACCACUGCGGCCACGCUGGGCUCCACCACCUCCAUCGCCCACCUGUUCUCCCCUCAGGGCUCAUCUCGCCACACCACCUAUGCUGCCCACCCCAGCACCCUGGUGCACCAGGUCCCUGUCAGCGUGGGGCCCAGCCUGCUGACCUCUGCCAACGUUCCCCCGGCCCAGUACCAACACCAGUUCGCUCCCCAGUCCUAUAUUGGUGCUUCCAGAGGAUCUGCUAUUUACACUGGAUACCCGCUGAGCCCCACCAAGAUCAACCAGUACUCCUACUUGUAGUUUCCAUUGAAGCACUGUCCUGCGACGGGCCUGAGAGGCUGGAGAAGGAUUUCAGGUGAACCUUUGCCUGGGAAUGACUGCCUAGUUUGUGUUUCUCCCUGAUCUGCUUGUAUGUUGUUCCCAAAUGUCUCUGGUGAGUUCAGUCACUAACUGAGCAGCAUGUUUUGUUACCAGUACGAGGGUCACUAAUUAAGUUUUUAAAAUAUUACUUACUUUUUAUAGAUGCUUUUAAAAAAUUCAUGGUCACAUUUAUUUAAAAUUGUUCUGUUGUGCUAAUCAAAAGGGGUGUCAAAUCAGUGUCUCAGAAGACAGAUCCUGAUGUCUUUUUUAACUUGUGUACUUAAACUAAAAGAUUUGCAGAUUCUAUUUUAGUAGCUUGCACAAAUCCACAUUGCCACUAAAAAUGUAGUGCAUGUUUAUCUCAUUACGUUGCUGGGGCAGUUUUAAAGUCAGAUUUACUAUUUUAAACAUCUGUUCUCCAAUUCACUUCUCUUUAACAAAUUGCUGGUUCUGCAAAAGCCAUUACAUCUUUCCAUGUAUGUUUCUGUCAAAGGUGUUUUGUUUACUCCUCUACUUUGUUUAAGGACUGGUAGAGGCAGCUGCCUUAUGCCAGCAACACGAUACAUUCAGGAGUCCUGUAAACCCUGGAGUCUGCUUUGUUUCCUUGAAAAUUCUCCAUUAACCCAGCUGAAUUUUUGUUGUGUUCAUUGAAGAAUUCUUCUAAGUGGUUCAAACUGUAUUCAGGAUCUCACUGUGUGACAGAGCUCAGCAGCUCUGUCAGGAUGUUGUUGUCUCCAGUUGAGAAUGAAUAAUGCAGCAUUGCUCUAAAAUUUGGUUUCUGCAGCUUAUUAGAUGCUGGCCCUAUAAUGGAGCUGGAUUCCUUCACAGAAGCACAGGGCUUUGCUUUGUUCUGUUUUUCUUAAUAUUUUUGCCUCAUAUGAUUCAUUUAGGAGGGAGAUGAAUUUGAAAUACAAUGAAACAUCACUGUAUUGAUGUGUACAGCUUUUUAUACUCCUGUGAGCGUAUCCUCCUGGAUAUGUCAGCAGCUACUCUAAAGCGCUCUUAAAUAAGACUUGUAAACAGUACAUGCAUGUAGGAAUUGCAACAAAAAAAAAAA